CCUUCAAAACGAAGCGAACCCAGCCCGUUGUCGCGCAUAGUUCUUCCUAAUAACCCUAAAAACCUUGUCCUUCCUAUCACUUCGGCGGCGGCGGCGGCGGCGGCCGAGCCGAUCGGGUUUUGGGCCGGGUUACGCUACCACCGUGUAACAGCGUCCACGGCUAUCCAUAGACCUGUUCGCCGUCGAAACAAUGAUAUCGCGGGCGUUUUCUCAGGUGCUGGGUAAGGGGUACAAAUCCCCGCUAGAUCUGUUCGUCCAUGCAUCUGCCGUUGUUGGCUUCGGUUCCAACAUGCCACGGCAUCUUCACCACCUCCUUCGUCAACCAGAUCCAGCUGACGGUUUCCCCCAAAAACAGCACCCGGCGCAAAUUAACAACAGGGGAGCUCCUCCUACCUGUACCUUCGAAUCAAACUGGAGCUUGCAGCAUAGUUUUUCAACUGUGAAGAAUUCAGAUGACACUCCUCUUGACUCUAUAAGAGCCACUGCUGGUCGGAGCUUAAUCCGAAGGUUUGCAUCACUAAAGAGUGUUGGGGAGUGUGUCAACGAUUCAGAGCUCCUGCUGCUGUUGAAGAAAAAAACUGUUCCCAUUUGUUAUGUUUGGUGUGACCCUUCCCCUUGGAUGCAUAUAACCCAGGGGUUCACGAUGUCAAUCAAUGUUAAUAAGAUGAUUAGAGCUGGCUUCAAAGUUAAAGUAUUGAUGGCAGAUUGGUUUGCUCGGAUGGACCCUAUGAUUGGUGGCAAUCUAUGUAAAAUGCAGACUAUUGCCAUGUAUAACAUUGAGAUGUGGAAAGCAACUGGCAUGGAUGUUGACGGAGUAGAGUUUGUGAUGUUGUCUGACGAAAUAAGUUGCCGUGCAGACGAAUACUGGCCUCUUGCCAAGAAAAUUGCAUCCGUGAGUGAACUGAAAGAUAUAACAAGGUGUUUCAGUUUUAAUAAUUUACAGAAGGAUACAAGGGCUUGUGGGAGUAUAGAUCCAUAUACAACUAGAGAAUUUACUCCUGCUGAGACACUGCAUGCUUGCUUGCAGUGUGCUAGUAUAUUACUUCAGGAGGUGGACAUCUGGCUGUUGAACAUGGAUCAGCGUGGGGUUGACAUGUUAGCUGGAGAAUACUGCAAGAAUACAGGACGGAAAAAUAAACCACUUGCUUUGUUCCAAGAUAUGGUACCAGGUUUGUUACAAAACACAGAAUGGAACCAUAUGGGGGAUCUAGGAUGGGCCAUCUUCAUGGACGAUGAUGAGGAAGUUGUCAGUAGGAAAAUAGAAAAAGCUUUCUGCCCCCCAAAAUUAGUAGAAGGCAAUCCUUGUUUGGAGUACGUAAAGUAUGCAAUCAUACCUUGCUUAGGGAAGUUCGAGGUUGUCCUGAAGGAAGCGAAUGGUGGUAACAAGAUGUUCUUGAGCAUGGAAGAGCUUACUGCUGAUUAUUCCAGUGGUUCUAUUCAUCCUGCUGGCCUGAAACAGGCCCUUGCGAAGGCAAUAAACACAAUAUUGCAGCCUGUGCGUGAUCACUUCAGAAGCAGCAGCGCUGGAAAACUAAGGAAAGCUAUGGAGGAUUACUACAUUAUUGACAGAGCAUGAGGACCACUACUGUCAUAAAAAUCCAAGAAUCGAAGUGUUAUUAGUGGCCAAUUAUGAGGCAGGUGGUAGCCUUGUUUUGACCAUCUAUGGCUACGAAGGACUACUAGGUUGCAGGAGAGGGAGGUAUCCUUCCGAAAUUCAGUAUUGUGUAGAGUCUUGGGUGAAGUAAGAUUAAUAGAAUGUGUUUGGUUUACUAGUAGGUCACAGUAUCGAGGUUGUUAUUUCUGCAUUAUGGCAAAAGUUUGGGUCUGAACAAAGAUUUGUCAUGUUGGUUGCCCGUCUUAUGUAAUGUUGCACGCUGAUAUUGUGUUUGUGAA